GUCGUCCGUGUGAAACACUUCUGGGCGGCGUGCGAGUCACCGUCCAAAAUCCGGUCGCUUGUUCCCUGGCAGCAGGUCAGCAUCCGCGGAGGACGAAAAUAGUCGACACAAUUCAUCAACAGGCAAGUGCGGCAUGGUGUCAGGGUAAAACUGAUUGGCGGGCCGACCCUUCGCCAACCUUGAACUCAACCCCCGUCAUCUUCAGCGGGCCUCUGCUAACGCUCCUUGCCAUCUACGUUCUUUAUCUAUCCAUAAUCAAUAAAUCAAGCUCCCUAACUUUUCUCGCUAAUUUCUCUCUUUACAAUGUCUUCGUCGACGGCUCCUCGCUUGCCGUCCCUUCUUGCCCUGUCGCUCGUCCUCCUCCAACCAGCCCUCGGAGUACAAACUGCAGAACCUUGGGACCCCAAGAGACAUGUUACAAAAAGGGACUAUGUCGUCCCAAGGACCUCAGAGCGCAUUCCUCGCCGCCCGGACAACCUACCCACACCGUUUCGGACGACAAGAUCUUGGGAUUCGAGAUUGUUGGUAACUCGGGUGUUUCUGCUCAGCAAUUAUUCUUAGGAUCGGAUACGAAGGUUUAUAUUAUAGAUAAAGUGGAGGCUAAUCCUAUAACUGUUAACGGCCACCCAGCAUGGGCUUCCGAGUACGAUCUUGAAACGAACGAGGCGAAACCUUUAGAAGCAAAGACCAACACCUUCUGUGCCGGAGGCAACGGAGAUUGGCUCAACAUUGGCGGCAAUCAAGCUGUGGAUCCUCAAGGUGUUACCGCUGCUAAUCAAAACGGUACCAACACCUACCAAAAUGGUGACGGUGCCUUUGCAGCUCGUGUCAUCACACCAGGAGAGGGUGCAGAAUGGUAUGACGACCCAGCCCAGGACUUGUACGUUGAAUCAGCCUCUCGACCAAUUCCACGGCUUAUCUCUCUUUUAGGACCACCCGAAGAUGUUAUGGGUGGUAACCAAUACGGAGGUUUCGUCAACGAUGCUGCCAACAGCAACCCGACGUACGAGUACUGGCCCAAGGAGACAGGAGAGAACCCAAUCGAGAGCAACAUUCUCAAGAACUCCCUCCCCGCCAACUUGUACCCCAUCAUGCACCUUUUGCCAACUGGACAAAUCCUGCUAAACAUCAACCUUGCCGCUGCCGUGCUCGACUACAAGUCCAACACCGAGUUCCCCCUCCCCGAGGUUCCUCAUGCCGUUCGAACAUACCCCGCCAGUGCCGCCAACGCCAUGCUUCCAAUGACAGUCGCCAACAACUGGACCGCCACUGUCAUGUACUGUGGAGGUAGCGACUUGCAGCCUGGUCAAUGGACAUCUGGAAUCGUGCUCAUCGAUGUCCCGGCCUCUGACUCUUGCAUCAGUAUCACCCCAGAGACUUCGAACGAAUUUGUGGAUGAAGAUCCUCUUCCCGAGGGACGUACUAUGGGUAACGCUAUCAUCUUACCUGAUGGCACACUCUUCGUCGUAAACGGUGCCAACACUGGUGUCGCAGGUUACGGAAAUGAAACCUGGACACAACAAGAUUCGUAUGCCAACAACCCGAUUCUCAGCCCUCUGAUCUACGACCCCAACAAGCCCUCUGGCAAGAGAUGGUCUCGUGAAGGACUCAAGGACUCCACCAUCCCCCGCAUGUAUCACUCGACAGCGACCUUGUUGCCCGACGGUUCCGUCUUUGUCACUGGUAGCAACCCCCACCCUGACUAUAACAUUGAUGCCGUCUACCCAACCGAGUACCGUGUAGAGCGAUUCUAUCCUUGGUACUAUAACAAACGCCGCCCUGAACCAGCUGGAAUCCCUCUUUCUCUCACCUAUGGUGGACAAUACUUCAACUUGGAGCUCACCAAGGCUGAUUUGUUCGACAACAUUGGAAACGCUAAUACCAUCAAGGUCGUCCUCAUCAAGACCGGAUUCUCCACUCACGCUAUCAACUUUGGCCAGCGCAGUGCUGAAUUGGACCACACUUUCACCACCAAGGACGACGGAGGUGUCACUUUGCACGUCAGCCAAGCCCCACCAAACCCCGCCAUCAUGCAACCCGGUCCCGCAU